CGUAAACUUAGCGAGCGUGGGACACGUACUAGAAUAACGCGAUAGUUUCUUUUUUUUUUUGUCAAUUUCGCCGAAAGAUGGCGGCGCCUCCAGAUGAAGAGAGCUUGGAGUCUCGCAUCAAUAAAGCUACCAACCCACUAAACAGGGAUACGGACUGGGAGAGUAUCCAGGGCUUCUGCCAACAGCUGAGCAAUGAACCUGAGGGACCCCAGCUGGCUGCCAGGUUACUGGCUCACAAGAUCCAAUCGCCUCAGGAAUGGGAGGCCAUGCAAGCCCUCGCGGUCCUGGAGACGUGCAUGAAGAACAGUGGGAAGCGUUUCCACAACGAAGUGGGCAAGUUCCGCUUCCUCAAUGAGCUCAUCAAGGUGGUGUCACCCAAGUACCUGGGUACCAGGGCACCAGAAGCGGUGAAGAAGAAGGUUCUGGAGAUGAUGUACAGCUGGACGGUGGGGCUACCUGACGAGUCAAAGAUAGCAGACGCCUACCAGAUGCUCAAGAAACAGGGUAUUGUGAAGCAGGACCCAGUCCUUCCUGAUGACAAUCCCCUCCCACCGCCUCCAGCCCGACCCAAGAACGCCAUCUUUGAGGAUGAGGAGAAGUCUAAGACGCUGUCUCGCCUCCUAAACAGCACCCACCCAGAAGAUCUAAGAGCAGCAAACAAACUCAUUAAGGAAAUGGUUCAGGAGGACCAGAAGCGCAUGGAGAAGGUAUCAAAGCGCGUCAACGCCAUCCAGGAGGUGAAGGAGAGCGUGGGCCUCCUCAACCAGCUACUGGGGGACUACAGCAGGGAGAGCAGCUCCCAGAGCAACGAUGAGCUCCUCAAGGACCUGUACCAGCGCUGUGAAAAGAUGCGGCCCACGUUGUUCCGACUGGCCAGCGACACGGAGGACAACGACGAGGCCUUGGCGGAUAUACUGCAGGCCAACGACAGCCUCACGCAGGUCAUCAACCUGUACCGGCAGCUGGUGAAGGGGGAGGAGGUGAACGGAGACGGAACAGCCACGCCCACCCUACCAGGAAGCAGUAGCACGGCCCUCCUAGACCUGACGGGAUUGGACACCUCACCCGCCGGGUUUCCCUCCUACCCCGGCACUCCGUCUCUGCAGACGCCAUCGCAGGAGGCGGGCCAUAACCUGCUCGACGAUGAGCUCAUGUCGCUAGGUCUGAACGAUGUCACGCCCAACUUCAACCCGACCCCUCAAGCAGGAGAUUGGAACUCUUUUCAGUCGUCCGACAGCAUCGAGCCCACAGUGCCAGCCGUGCCCAAGGCCAUGCUGCUACCCUCGGUGACCCUGACCCCCCACACUCCAGCGGUGGGGGCCCAGGCCACUCCCGCCAAGCCCAUGGAUGAGCUCGAUCUGCUGGGCAAGACCCUGCUGCAGCAGUCCCUACCUCCAGGGAGCCAGCAGGUCAAAUGGGACAAGCACCAACCUCAGUCCAGACCCACCUUGCGAGACCUCCAGACCCAGUCAAGCUCCAGCCCCAGCUCUGUCCCAAGCACCACCAUGCCAAGCCCUAUCCUGGCCUUCUCCUCAGAGCAGCCUGGGGCUCUCCUAAACUCCCAGCCCGGCCAUGGGGUUCCCGCUCCAGGCACGGCUGCACCAGCUCCGCCCCCCGAGGACGACAUCUCCCUGGCUAACGUGACAGUGCCUCUGGAAUCCAUAAAACCUAGCAGCCUGUUGCCCGUGACCGUGUUCGACAAGCACAGCCUGAGGGUGCUCUUCCAUUUUGCGCGGGACUGCCCUCCGUCGCGGCCCGACGUCCUCGUGGUCAUCAUCUCCAUGCUGUCCUCGGCCCCCGCACCCGCCACCAGCAUCCGCUUCCAGUCCGCUGUCCCCAAGGUGAUGAAGGUGAAGCUGCAGCCCCCGUCGGGCACCGAGCUGCCGGCCUUCAACCCCCUCCUGCCCCCCGCCGCCCUCACACAGGUGCUGCUGCUGGCCAACCCCCACAAGGAGAAGGUGCGGUUGAGAUACAAGCUGACGUUCGACCUGGGGGAAGAAUCGCACGACGAAUCGGGGGACGUCGAGCAGUUCCCCCCUCCCGACACCUGGGGGAACCUUUAGUGGGGGGGAAGGACCUUCCUGCCCCCCGAGAACUUCCUGUCACAUGAUCCGCUGCUUCCUUCGUGGGUGUAGACGGAUGGACGUUUCCCCCCCCCCCUCUCAAUUGUUGUUCCCGAGGAGUGAGCCGUUGUUAACGGUGACGGAUCAGGCUUUGGGGAAAGGAGCUGGGAUCCUGAGCGGUCUGGGAGGUGUAGGGUUCCACCUCGUGCCUCUUCCCCGUGUCCUGUCCAGUCCUCCUUUCGUCAUCCCCCUUUUCUGUGGCCUCAUCUCAGCGUCAUCUUACUCCUCUUUGGGUUUGGGUUUUCUUCAUUCCAACAACCCUACUCCAAUCGAAAAGCCGCAAAAGCACUACCGCGUUGGAAGAUGACGGUCAGUAGGGUCACGUCAUCGCAGUGACUUUUGAGAUGAUGGGUCGAGCCUUUUAACCGGAAUGUUUGUGUGUCUGGAUGAGUGGGAGUGGGUGCACAAAACGACAAAUGGACUAAGUACCGUCUUGCGUCUUUUGUUUUAUAUGGUGUUGAGGUAAAGUUCGGUAUGCGAGUUUAUGACGAUUAUGACAGGUGGGUAUAUCCAAUGCUGUGACAAGAUGACACUUUUCAAUAUUCUCUGAAGGAAAUGAAAUCUCUCUUGCGUUGUGACUGUAGAAAAUGAGCAUAUCAUUUUGAUGUUUCGAUUUGACUCAUAAAACACUCAUUUUGUCAACAUUCCAAAACAUGGUACACUACCCCCCCCACCAAUCCCAAACACUUUAACUGUAUUUAUUUGAUUCAUGCAGAAGAGAUUUCUACAACUCAUGCAUUCUUUAGAAUUUUUGCACAAAUGUAUUUCUCCCCUUUUGUUUUUUUUCUUUCUGCCUUUUACCUGUCCCACCUUUCCAAAGCAAGUUGCGUUGAGAUCGUACUGACACCCAGUCUGAAUCUGCCGUUCGUGCCUAAGCCGAAAGUUUAUUCUUCAUGUUUGUUUUCGUUUGCUGUCAUGUACAUAAGAAUGAGUAUUUUUCGUUCCAUGCAAAUUUGUCUUUCGAAGAAAUCCAUCGAUGCUUCCUCAAGUGUGAAACGAAAGGGAACAUCAAACCAUCGAUGCUUCCUCAAGUGUGAAACGAAAGGGAACAUCAAACCAAUCAUCGGCGAUAUGCGUUCGGUUAGCUUUGCUCUUUUCCUUGUGCUGAUCAGAACUGCGAGGGGGGCAAAGCUGACCCCAGAUCUGUUCUGAAUGGGGGACUCCAUCCCGUGUAGCAGCAUCCUCUUUUCUGUCACUUCGUAGCUUCCUUUCCACAUUCCAACAUCCCAACAUCCCUCUCCUAUCCCAGGUCUGCUCUGACUCUGUAAAUAAGGAUACCGGUUCUGCAUUUAUGUAAAUUUGCCAAAAACGUAAAAAAAGAGGCAAAGAGCAAUUCUAUAUGAGGGUGAAUGUAG